CUACCAUGACAUCGCUUCUUGAUGCACAAGUGUUUUGACUGGACUGUCGUGACUAUCCUUGUCAUCCAGCUCAAUCAGCCCUCUCUCAGGUCAUACUGUGUGGAAAAAAGUAAAACCGGCUAACAUGGGGAAAGUGGAAGGUGGGAUGAAAUGUGUGAAGUAUCUUCUGUUCGUGUUCAACUUCUUAUUUUGGUUGAUGGGAUCCUUUGUUCUGGCAGUGGGACUGUGGUUACGUUUUGACCCGGAAACUGUGUCCUUACUCAAUGGCGAUAAAGCACCGGACACAUACUUCAUUGGUGUUUAUAUCCUGAUUGGAGCUGGGAGUCUGGUGAUGUUGGUGGGUUUCUUUGGCUGCUGUGGAGCUGUUCGAGAAUCUCAGUGUCUGCUUGGUUCAUUCUUCACCUGUCUGUUGAUAAUCUUUGGAGCUGAGGUGGCAGCAGGUGUGUUUGGAUUCUUAAACAAAGACAAGAUAAUCGAAGAUGUUCAAAACUUUUAUGCAACAACAUACAAUGAAAAUAACAACAGCACAUUGAUUAUCUCGUACCAGAAAGUACUGAACUGUUGUGGGACGCUGGCAAACAACUGCCCUGAUCAAGAAUUAGAUACAAAGGACUGUGAAACAGGUAUCAAAGAUUUUUUCAACAGUAAACUUUACAUCAUUGGGUACGUUGGAAUCGGCAUUGCUGGGAUUAUGAUCAUCGGGAUGAUCUUCAGUAUGGUGCUAUGCUGUGCUGUACGCAACAGUAGAGAGGUAAUCUGAACGAGCCCGCCAGCCGAGAAAGACUGAACACACCCUCAACCCACAUCGGUCAUCUCCCAAGUCAUCUGGGAAGCAGCACGAGAUCCCAGCUGUUCUGCAUAUAGAUCCCCCUUUUCUCAGUCUUUUACUUCACAAAUUAGUACCAUGCCAAUGGGACUUAGUCAAUAACAUUUAAGUUCAUAUUAUGUUGCCGCAUGUCAUCUUUCAUAUUGUGAAAAUUUGGCAACCACAAAUUUAAACGCACAUACUGUCAAGGUCGUUUUCUUACCUGUACCUCUGAUCUUAGUAUUAGUAAAGGAGGGAGUAGGGUAACAUUUCGGUGCGACAUGCUAAUUAAACCUCUUUAUUGGAGUUCAAACUCAAAGCCAACAAUUGGCAAGGCUUGUCAAACAGGAAUACUCGAAAGAAAUUACUUAACUUGGCUCAAAAGACAUAUUUAGGCUAUUCUGUACCCAAUUCCAUUUUCCAUUUUUUGAAUAUAUAGAUCAGGAAUUUUGUCUUAUUACAGGCUAAGCAAAAAUCAGUGGCCUGGUACUUGAUAAAUAGCGCCAGGGUUCAGAAAUACACUCUUCAAAGACUAUCAACAGAUUAAACCGUAUUCUGAAUGAAUGAAUUAAUGAAUGAAUGAAUGUUGUAUUUCCUUCCCAUCAGUUAUUUAAAAAAAAACAUUUUUGGGAGGAAAAUCUUUUUGUUGUUGUUGUUGUUUCUAAUUCUAUCACUUUACGCUCCAUUAUGUAAAUAUUAUCAGUCAGGUUUUUGUAGUUGUGCAUUUCUGUGGAUCAUACUAUUUGUAGAUUCUGUUUUUAAAUAGUUGUACAGUCAGCCUUCCCAUAAAAACAGUAAAAAGAAAAAAAAAAGAAAGAAAAAAAGAAGAAGAAAAAAAUAUCCAAAUGGCCAAAAACAGACUUUCGAUGUGCCUUUUAUGGAGGAGCGAUUUUAGAGUCAGUGUGCUGCUUGGGUGUAGAAAGUAGAAGUGGUGUACAGUACAGUGCAGUGCAGUACAGUGCAGUACAGUUCUGUCCAGUAUGGUACAGUACAAUGCGUUUGUGGCGUUAAACUGCAUUGCAUUCGCCUGUAUAAAUUAUUUGUACACAUGAAUCAAUCAACUUCUUUUUAUUUAUGGUGUUUUUUUAGUUGUGUCACUUAAUUGUGUCUUCUUAGGCUCUUGGUAAGAGGAAAAUGUGUCCUAAAAUUCUUAUUGAUUAUACAAGUGAUCAAGCUAUGGUGGGACAUAUUUGUAUAUUACAUAUUUUAGUAGCAAUACCUGCAAUGAGAUGAUUCAAGGCUUAGGUUACAGGAUGUUAGAGGUCACUGACAAAUUUACCUAUGUGUUCUGGGGCACACGCCUAGUCUUGUAAUACUGCGAUUCAAGGGAAAGUAAAAGGUGUGCACUGCUUUGGUUUGGAAUGAUUCAUCCAUUGGUUAGAGGGUUUGUCUGGAUACUUUUUUUAUAUACCUAGUGUAAAAAUAGGAUGGACAACAAUUUGACAGUCACAUGCUUAUACUCUAUGUUGUGUAAUGUCACACACCGUUAAGCCUUUUUGUAGUCAAUUAUGUGUUAAUUUAUUUUGUUACCAUUCUGGACUACUCAGGUUCACACAAUACGUGUUUGAUGUAAAAUAAACACUUUAAAAGUUCUGAAC